AUGAAGCCGACCGCCAUUUUUCUGCGGACGAGAUUUAAAUAUGGAAUUCCGGUGUGCGAGCGGGAGAGGCGCGUGCCAUUGACCUUGCGCCAGGGCCGCGCACGCGCCGCCCGCCUGCGCCCACGCUGCACUAAGCACAACGAUGCGGAUAAUGCAGUCCCGGAUCGGAGCGACAUGAGCGCAAAGAUAUUAUGUUACCAUAUUGGGGUAAAGGCGCCUAAUGUGGCAGGGCUCGGGUUACGCGACACGCGCAACGACGUGCGGACAUGUGCCGUAAACGACAGUUCCGGUGUAUCGCCUCCGGGCCAACCCGUUCCGAGACUGAUGACCGCAAGA